AUGCAGCAGAUGCUUCUCAAACACGUUUUGACAAUAACUUUCUUGUGUGCAGCAAAUGGGAUAAACGCCAAGAAAGGCAUUAAAUGUGGCGGAGUGCUCUCAGCACCACAUGGCAAUGUGUCAAGCCCAAAUUUCCCUGGACUCUAUCCUUAUGAUACAGACUGUAUGUGGCUUAUAGUGGUAACAGAAGGAUCCUCUGUUCUGCUCACCUUUCAUCACUUUGACCUGGAAUACCACGACGACUGUGAAUUUGACUACAUCAAGAUCUACAAUGGAGUCUCAGAAGACCAAGGAAACCUUCUUGGCAAAUUCUGUGGCACAAACUUCCCCCCACCAUUUACAUCAUCUUGGAAUGUCAUGACUAUAAUAUUUCACUCAGAUAACCAUGUGGCCAGCCAAGGAUUUUCUGCAAUUUACCAAAAAGAUGUUUGUGGGGGAGUGCUCACCGGCCUUUCUGGAUCUAUAACAAGCCCUGAUUACCCAGAGAAUUACCCCAACAAUGCUGAAUGUCACUGGGUCAUUCAGGCAACUUCAAAUUCUGUCGUCAAACUGAUUUUUGUUGACUUCCAGAUGGAAAAUGAUGAGCAGUGCAAUUUUGAUUAUGUGGCCAUCUUUGAUGGGCCCACUAUGGGGGAUACUCUUCUCAGUCACUAUUGUGGGAAUGUGAAGCCCCCAGAUAUGGUCUCUUCCACACAUGAACUACUGGUUGUAUUCAAAUCAGACUUUAACAUUGCAGGCAGAGGUUUCAAGGUGUAUUUCUUUUCAGGUGCAUGUCAGGAGGUGUAUACGGCCGUCAAAGGAAAUUUCUCCAGUCCUCAGUAUCCCAACUCUUACCCCAAUAAUAUCAAGUGUCACUGGACCAUCCAGCUGCCCCUAGGAUAUCGAAUCAAAGUCUUUUUCCUGGACUUGGAUCUCGAGGGGCGGAACAGCCUGACAGAUGGCUGUGAUUAUGACCAUCUGGCUGUGUUUGAUGGAGGCACCGAGAAGGCGUCUAUGCUGGGGAAGUGGUGUGGGAGAGAAACGCUGUCUCCUAUUAUAUCCAGUCGAAACAAACUGCUAUUGGUCCUUCACACGGAUAGGAACACAGCCAGCCGAGGCUUCUCAGUAGCAUACAUUGGAGUUGUCCCCAUGAAUAUCAGCUGCACACGGACAGAGUUUCAGAUCCAGAUCCCUAUGCAGUCACUGGCCCAGCUGGAGCGAAAUAAGAUAUAUUUAGGGAUCCCAUCCUGCCCUGCACAAGUGGUUGGCUUGAACUUUAGGAUACAUGCGAGGUUUGAAACCUGUGGUACAGAACCGCAGAAAAGAAAUAACACAUCUGUGAUUGUCAGCAUCCUAUAUAUUGACUUUUCGAAUGGAAAUGAAGAGGACGUUCACCGGUAUGAAGUGCAGUGUGAGCCUAAAAAGAAAGAGGCCUCUGUGAAUCUUAUCUCUGCCUCCGAUCCCUACAGGAUGAGCCAGUAUGCUGAGAACCUGUUAGAAUACCAACAAGAGGAGGUAGAAGCAGCAGAGGUAUAUGAGAGCAAAGGCCAGGACACCAGCGACAUUGUCUUCAUCAGCAUCUGUAUUCUUGCUGGCGUGCUUAUGGUAAUUGCUAUUGUUGGGUUAGUCUUGCUAUAA